AUCGGAACCGUUUUUUCUUAAAGAUGGAGCUUUUCAAGACUACAUUGUAGCUCAUUUCUCUUGGACCCUUCUCACUUGAGCAAAAAAUCUGCACAUACUUGAAGCAGAAUUGGCAAAACCACAAUUAGAUAAUUUGCAAAUAUUUCUCAUCUUUAUCCUUUUUGUGGCUACUCCGACAACAGAUACAUUUGCAAACAUCGCAUGUUGUCUUCAUCAAAACUAAAGCUUGAAGCGGCUCUUCUUCUGUGCUGAAUUCUAGGGCUCUUCUCUAGCUAUGUGCAAUUGCUCCUCUUCCUUUUACCUUUCUUUUCCCGUCCUCAAUGCUCGACCCAGUUCAGAGAAUUGUAGACGGAUUCAAAAUUGGAUCAUCAAUACAUCCGGGAGGAUUCACGUCUCAAUCCAUGAGAUUAAAAACCUUUCCUCGUCAAAAACAAGAUCUCGAUUUUAUUCUGGUGCGGUUGAUUCCAAAAACUCAGCCUUUCUCGGGAAAUUCAGCUUUAAAGAGAAAUCGAGCGACGGAUUCGUCUCUUGCUUGAAAGAAGAUGUAGUGGAUUCUUCUCCUUCGGGUUUCCUCGAAAACGAUGGUGCAGAGUUUCCUCGAGAUGGUGAUUUGAUUCGGCUAGUAGGUGAAAACGAUCCGAUAAACACUGGCUCGAAAGGGUUUAAACAGACGACGACGAGAUCGAAUCUUGUUGCUAAGCAAGUUAUUAGUAUACAAUCAGCUCUGAGUUUAGGGUUUAUCUCUCAGCUGUGGGUUGACACUUCCUCUUGGUUGGUUUUGGUGGUUGAUGUUAAGCCCAGCUUGCUAUCUGGAGAAUCUGAGAGAUUCCUGCUCAAAGACAUUGUCCGGGUGGGUGAUGUUGUGCUUGUGGAAGAUGAGGCUGUAAUGGAUACUGAAUUUAAAAUGGUUGGGCUUGAAACACUGGUAGGUUACAGAGUAGUGACACCAGGAGGGCGUAACAUCGGAAAGGUUCGAGGUUACUCAUUUAACAUUAACUCGGGUAUAGUUGAAUCGCUUGAGCUUGAUUCGUUCGGGGUAACCAUCAUACCAUCAAGCUUGGUGAGUACAUACAGGUUACAUGUCGAGGACAUAAUCGAGGUCUUCGAAGACAUAGUUGUGGUUCACGAAGCUGCGGCUUCUAGAAAACAGAGGUUGACAAAGGGUCUUUGGGAUGCUCAGUUUGGUAGUGAGUACUCUGACGUUGAAGAGCUUGACGGUUCAUCUGAUAGAAGACGGCAAAGGAGAAGCAAUAAUAGAUUCAGCCGAAAGAAGAGAAAUUUGGACGAUGAAGAAUGGGAAAUAUUCGGUUAGAAGUCAUUGUAUUCAUUGUUUGCAAUUCAUGUCGACUUACAUCUUCGGCUGUCUGAUAGAGAAAAUGUAAAGAAAAGUCUUGUUCAAAUAAAGUUCGAGUUUACAAUGACAGUAAUGGUCUAAUGCA